AUGGAUUUGUUCAAGAAACAAAAUUCAAGCAUCACACAAGCCUUAACAAAACAAACCGUUGAGAGUACAAAUGCAUAUAGGACGCGACUUGAAGCUUCAAUUGAAUCUAUCCAAUGGCUUUUAAUCCAAGGGUUGCCUUUCCGUGGUCAUGAUGAAAAAGAAAGUUCCUUAAGAAGAGGUAACUUUCUUUCACUUUUAUCCCUUAUUUCCAAGGGUAAUCCUGAAUAUUCUAAAGUUGUUUUCAAAAAUGCUCCUAGUAAUUGUCAACUUACUUCUCCUAAAGUCCAAAAAGAUAUCAUAAAUGCAUGUGCAAAAGAGACCACUAAAGCAAUGCUUGAAGAUAUUGAUGGUGGUUUAUUUUCUAUCCUUGCUGAUGAGUCCGCUGAUGUUUCUGACAAGGAACAAUUGGCACUUUGUUUGAGAUAUGUUAAUAGAAAGGGAGAAGUGUGUGAGCGUUUACUUGGUAUUGUGCAUGUUGUAAACACUGCUUCUUUGACUCUCAAAACUGCUAUUGAAUCCUUAUUAAUGGAGCAUUCUUUGUCUUUCUCUCAAGUACGGGGUCAGGGUUAUGAUGGGGCAAGUAAUAUGCAAGGUUCUAUUAAUGGCCUUAGGACUCUUAUAGAGAAUGAGUGUAAAGAAGCUUAUUUUGUCCACUGCUUUGCUCACCAACUUCAAUUAACUCAAGUUGCACUUGCUAAAAAGAAUUCAGAUUGUGCUUGGUUAUUUGUUGAUGUACUUGCACCUCUCUUGAAUUUUGUGGGGGGUUCACCAAAAAGGAAAGAGUUUCUUCGUGAAAAUCAAGCUCAAAGAGUGGUGGAUACAUAA